AUGGCCAUCAUCGGCGCCAAAGAAGAACAUGCCGACCCUCGGCUCACCCGCAUUGCGCAGGCGGAUGACGUCCCCUGGUACAAGAAACCCAACCUUCGCUUUCUGUAUCUGAUUCUUGUGCCGACUGGCCUCGGGGUGGAAUGGACCUCUGGGUUUGACAGCUCGAUGAUGAACAGUCUCCAGGCUGUCAAAUCAUGGACUGACUACUUUGACAACCCAACCUCCUCCCGCCUCGGCCUCCUCAACGCAAUGUACUCCCUCGGCGCCCUCAUGGCAAUCCCCUUCAUUCCCACCAUCUCCCAGUACCUCGGCCGCCGCCGCACAAUUCUCAUGGCCUCCCUCAUAAUGUGCAUGGGCGCCGGCCUCCAAGCAGGCGCCCGCAACAGCGACAUGUUCCUCGCCUCCCGCUGGGUCCUCGGCUUCGGUAUCCCCUUCGCAAUCGUAAACGCCUCCUCCAUGAUCGGUGAACUCUCCUACGCCAACGAACGCGCGGUAAUGACAUCCCUCUUCAACGCAUCCUGGUUCGUCGGCGCCAUCAUCGCAGCAGGGACAACCUACGGCACCUUUCAAAUGGAAUCAACCUGGGCCUGGCGUCUCCCCAGCCUGUUGCAACUCGUCCCGAGCGCGUUCCAACUCGGCUUCAUGCACUGGUGCCCCGAGUCACCCCGCUGGCUCGUCAGCCAAGACCGCGGUGAGGAAGCGUUUGCCAUUCUGCAAAAAUACCACUCUGAGGGUAAAGACGGGGACGAGUUUGUCAGAUUGGAAUACGCGCAAAUUCAAUCCACCAUCGCGGCGGAGAAAGAACUUGCCUCGCGGUUUGUGUGGGGGGAUGUCUUCCGUGACGCUGCCAUGAGACGUCGUUUCCUCCUCGCAGCGGUAGUCGGGUUUUUCACGCAGUGGUCAGGCAAUGGGUUGUUGAGUUUUUACAUGAAGAAAAUUUUGGCGUUGGUGAACAUCACGGAUAAUAGGACGGUGCAGCAGGUUAUUCUGAGCAAUACUUGCUGGGGGUUUAUCAAUGCUGUGCCAAUUGCGUUGAUCGCGCCGAGGUUUCCGAGGAGGAGGAUGUUUCUGAUUUGCACGAUUGGGACGGCGGUGGUGUAUGUUGUUUGGACUAUUGCGAGCGCGAGGGCGACGAUUGAGAAUAGUAGCGCUGCGGCCAUACCGGUGCUGGUGUUUAUUUUUGUUUAUUCGCCGUUCUACAACAUUGGUUGGAACGCCCUGGCAUACACGUACAUGGUUGAGAUCUUCCCUUAUCAACAACGCGCAAAGGGUAUCGCGGUUGAGCAGUUGACGGUCCGAUUUGCGGUCUUCUUCAACACAUAUGUCAACCCCAUUGCGUUAGACGCCAUUGGAUGGAAGUACUACAUUGUGUACUGCGUCUGGAUUCUGAUCGAGAUUGCUACGGUGUAUCUUCUCUUCCCUGAGACACACAACCGCACACUUGAGGAACUCAGCUUCAUGUUUGAGGGCAAGGAGAUGCAGGACAAGAUUCAGAAGAACGUGGACAAGGUGCUCGAUGUGGAACUGGAAGGGGUGAAGAGGAGGUCGUCGAAGGAUGGAAUUCAAGCUACUGACCAGAGAGUGUAGGUAAUCUCUGAGUCAAUGCACUGUGAGGCGGCAAUGGGAUUGUAUUGAAGCAACAGCGUUCAAGAGUGUGUCAAAAUUAAUCCCAAGUUAUACCACGCCAACAGCGUACCUUUCCCGGCAUACAUUCUUCCUCCCAAUGAUUCCCAGAGGCUUGGUCAGAGAAGUGGUGAUGGUUAACAGUCAAAC